UCGACAGCGCGCGCAAGAGUGGAACGCAUCGCGCGUACGUCAAAAAUUGGCGCGAAAACUUACGAGUCCACAGACGAUAAAUGGAAAAGUUUUUUUUAUUGACAUUCAAAUCCAGCCAGCGAAAGACGUGCAGUAUUAUUGAAAGUGAUCGAGGAACUCUUUGCAGUAUUAUGUUUUUAGUUUUGGUGUAAAAUGAGGUCGUUGUUGUUUAUUAUUUUGGCGGGAUAUGCUGUCAGAUGCGACGAUGCAAGCUACUACGUGAUAGAGAUGCCUGAAGAGUCCCCGCGAGAGUUCACCAGGCCCUUCAGGGUAUACUGGAACGUGCCCACCAUGCAGUGCCGGUCUAAGAAGAUUCCCUUCACAGGGCUUUAUGAGAAGUAUGGGAUAAUACAGAACAGCGGCGACAGCUUCCGCGGCGAAAAGGUGGCCAUACUGUACGACCCGGGUCUGUUUCCCGCGCUUUUGAAGAACGAAACGAGCGGGAAAUUCAAAUUCAGAAACGGCGGUGUGCCGCAGGAGGGCGACUUGGAGAAACAUUUGGUUGCGUUCAGAAACGCAUUGGAACAAAGCGUGCCAGAUGAACAGUUUAGUGGCAUCGGCAUCAUCGACUUCGAGUCGUGGCGGCCGGUGUUUCGCCAGAACUUCGGGAUACUCAUCCCAUACAAGGACAUCUCGUACCAGAUCGAGAGGAAGCUGCACUGGUUCUGGACGGAACGAGCCAUACAGGCCAGGGCCCGCCAGCGCUUCGAAGAGGCCGGUCGCGCGUUCAUGCAGACCACUCUCUCGGUGGCCAAGCAGAUGCGGCCGCGCGCGCUGUGGGGCUACUACGGCUUCCCGUACUGCUUCAACAUGGCCGCCGGCACUAUGGAGGAGCACUGUCCUGAUAAAGUCAAGCAGGAGAACGACAAGACAUACUGGCUGUGGUCAGAAUCGACAGCUCUCUACCCGUCAGUAUACAGCUCGCGACAAAUAACCGGGCGCGCGCUGGCAGCGUUGGUGCGUGAGCGCGUGCGUGAAGCGAGGCGGGAAGCGCGCGCUGGAACUCCAGUGUUGCCAUACUUCUGGUUUAGAUACCGGGAGGGCGGGUUCCUUAGCCAGAAUGAUCUUGAUACGGUCCUCGAGACGCUUUAUAAAGCGAACGCAUCCGGCUUCAUCAUCUGGGGCAGCUCCAAUGACGUCAACACCAUCGAGAAGUGCCAGAACCUUCUGCAGUACACAGAAGAAGUUAUGGGACCGGCCAUAGCCAAGUACACUAAACCCCACUUCAAAAACAGCACGGAUACCACCAGUAAUCCGGUUAGUAACUCCGGUCUAACCACCUGGAGACCUAUACUAAGAGAUCAUCUCAAUAACACAACCACAACUAAACCCACGCCCGACCCCGAAUAUGAAUGGGAGCCACCUGAAAACUACACUCAAGAUAUAGUACUCUACGUCGAUCAAGAACUAAAAAAGAAACCAGGUUAUAACUCUACAAAGACUACGAAUGACACAGUACACAUUUAUCCUAAGAAGAACUUAUUACUAGAUAUAAUAAUGAAUAUUUUUAAGCUCGAUAAAGAGGACACAGACGUGAAAGAGAAUGCAGUCAAUAUACGCGAUGACGACAACCAAAAUGGAGAUAGAAAUACCAUUGCAUUCACAAGUAAAGUAAACACUGAAUAUAAUUCAAAAAUCACAACAAUUCCACCAAAUAUAAUAACUCAUAAUCCGUUGUUAUCAUUACUGAAAGAUGAAAAGAAAGGAACACCAGAGAAAAAAUACAUUGAAAAAAAUCUUCACAAUAAACCGAAUAAUAGUGUCAAUAGUAAAGUAACUACAACACCUUUGUACACGACAAAGAGUUAUGUCUCUUUUACAGAUAAAAACGAUAGUUCUGAAAAUAUGACGAAGAAUUUUAUUGAUAGUCAAGAAAACAUGACAACUACAACUGAACCAAAUAAUGUUACCGAAAACAAUGACGACAUAUUAUACGAUAUUGUACAACUAGAAAGUAAUGCAUCAUUAAUUGCAUAUUCAGACGUGCAAGACAAUGUAACAGUUACAACUGAACCAAACUUAGUUACCGAGAAUAGCGAAAGUUUGUACAACUUUACACAAAGUACAGAAAACGCGUCCACUGGAAAUAUAGAUUUUUCUACAGAAGUUACCAAAUUGUCUACAUUUGGCAAUACCGUAGAUAACAUCACAGAAAUUUAUUCCAAUAUAAAUAAUUAUGAAGUCACAAAUACUAGUCAAGAUGAUACAGAUGUGAUAUUCAAUGAAGAAACAAAUACUUUAGAUAACAAUACAGAGAAAGAUUCAGAUUAUUCAACGCCAAACUAUAAAGAAGUUUCGUCAACACAAAAAUCACAAAUUGAACUACAUUUAGUAGAAAAAGCACAAGUAAAAAUGCCAUCUAAAGAUUAUAAAAAGGGCUAUGUUGGACUAAAUACAAUUAACAUUAAAUCUACUUCAGAACCAAGCACUAAUAGUGCGACAGAUUUAGAAUCUACUACUAAAAAAUACGAAAUAAUAAAAGAUAUUGAAUCUUUUACUGAAGAUUAUAGAGAUAUUAUUUAUGACGAUAAUGAAAGAUUAAGUACUGAUAUAAAAGAGACUGAUGAAUAUGUUUCAUUAGGAAUAAAUGCCAUAGAUAAUAUUAUUUUUUCUAAUACAAAUAAUUUAAAAGACAGAAAGAAGGGUUUUGUUUUAGGUAGAGAAGACAAAAGUACAAAUACUGAGUCUACAAUAAGUACUAGUGUUGAAGAAUUAAGUAAAAGUACAACAGAAUAUAAGGAAUUGACUGCUAGUGAUGUACCUGAAUUAGAAAAUGAGGGAUAUUAUGUAAUAAGAGAUGACACGACAGAAAGUUGGGAGACGACGACUGAGGGACUCGAGGUGGCAGGCACAUCCUACGGCAUCGUCGUCCAAAGCUACUAUAUUUACACACUUAUUUCUGUCUAUUCUAUGUUUAAUAACAUGUAAAUCAUUUGGUGAUUUGAAAAAAUCUGUAUCUUUGUGUUCUCUAUUAUUCGUAACUAACGUUUUAUCUGUGAUAUAUUUUAGUUUAGAUUAAAUGAAGUUUAAUUGUUAGUUAAUAAAUAUU